AUUGACAAAUCCAGGGGAAUAUAUAGCUUCGUCCCCAGGAGUCCGUUGCUGAAAGUCAUCUAUGACACGCCGGACUCAAAUAGAGAUUGGAAGAGUCGGUUCUUCUUCCUAGAAGGCGACGGUUGGAUGGGUCGUCCGGGGGAAACGGAUUUCAUGCCCGUCGACACUACUUGGGGCAUAUUGGACCCGUCUAGUAUGGACUAUCCUUCAAACUUUAACAUUACUAAGUUUUUUGAAUAUAAUCUAACCGUCCUCUAUCUUCUUUUGUAGUUAGACGACGCCCCCAAAUUGACCUUAAGGAGUUUGCUUUCCUUGAGAAAAUUUUCUUAAAGACCAAGCCGGAGGAAAGGACUUGGGCGAAGUUGGUAACACUAAAUACCAUUCACUGGUAUUGCGACGGACCGGAACCUACAGCGGCAGCCGUCAAGUACGAAGCACAGAUAAGGAGGCAGAUGGACGACGCUAAGAGAAGAGCCAUGAUCCGGGCAAAGGCUGCUAAGAAGACUGCUGACGACGCUCCCCCUGCGACGGGCCCAAGCAAUCCGUCUGCGAAGCGGAAAACUCAGCCCAAAGCGGAUCGUCAGGCCAAGAAGGCCAAAGUGUCUUUAGAUCCCGUCGUGGGACUCAUGGCGGAGCCUCCGAAGACGGUCACUCCAACCAAGCACGGGGUUGGCAAGGGCCUGAUGAAGGGCCCGUCGAAGGAUGAAGAGAAGCCGCCCGUCCUUCUUCGAGAGGAUUCUAAGCAUGCCUUAGAACAGAUUUCCUCCAUCAUUUCGGCGGAGGAUUAUGAAGAUUUAGGCAAUCACUCGACGGAGGCCAUGGGUGAGACGGGCCUGUUUGCAAUUACACAGGCAAUGGUCAUGAUGAAGGGGCUGAUGGGACGGUGCCUCAGCCAUGAGACGGCUUUGGAUCGUGUACGGGCCAAGGCGGAGCAGACGGAGGAAGAACUCCUCCAGUUGCGAAACUGGAAACCCAAGAUAGAGAAGAAGCUUGAGCUUUCGGAGAAGGCAAGGAAGAGCCUUGAACAGGUGACGGAGGAGGCAAAGAAGGCUCUAGAGAGCAAGGACAAAGAGAUAGCAGAGCUAAAAAAUGAAGUCCGUCAGGCUAAGGACGUUGCGGUUCGUGAAUACCGUGACUCCGACGCCCUAAUUACUGAGCUAGGCGAUUCUUUCCAUCAGGGCUUCAUGGAUGCCCUCCGUCAAGUCAAGCAAGCUUAUCCAGACGUGGGCACUUCCAAGUUCAAAGUUGAAGACCCGGUUCAGUCAUCCGUCGUGCCUGUUGCCUCAGAGGAUACAGAUGACCUCUUUGAUGUCGACGAUGCCGUUGGUGACGGGGUGUUUGCACCAGCGAAAGUUGAUCAAGCUGAGCCUGACACGGAGACGGUUCCUCAGCCCGUCGACAAUGCGGACAAAGCUCAGUAGAGGGAUUUUUUUUUUUAUUUUUUUAUUU